GAUAGGUCAAUAUUUUGAAGCUUCCUAUGAAGUGUGGUCAAAUUGCAGGCCUGAGAGGACACGUUCGUCAUUUCUUUAAAAGUUGGGGGCAUUUAGAAACUGCCUCUGCUUUCCUUAUUUAAAGUCGCACGCUUACGUGCAGAAAAGAAGGCAGAAAAGAGGAAGAAAACGGAGCAGAGAGAGAGAGAGAGAGAUGGAAUUUGGAGAUGGUGAGUUUGGAUCCUCUUCUUCUUUUUUUUCAUCAGUAAACUUCUGUAGAAUAUGCCUUGAAGAAGAGGAUGAGAAGUCCUCAAGCAUGGAAACUCCCUGUUCCUGCUCUGGGACUCUCAAGUUUGCUCACAGAAGAUGUAUACAGAGGUGGUGCGACGAGAAAGGAAAUAACGUCUGCGAGAUUUGUCUCCAGAAAUUUGAGCCUGGCUAUGUUGCAACCCUUCCUCCCCCUACUAAGCCCCAUUUAGUGGAUGUUGUCGUCAGCAUAAGAAGAAGCUUGGAGGCGACAAGGCACAACCACCAUGAGCCUGAGAGCCAUACUGUACUGUUUAUCAGAAGCAGCGAAGCUGAAAGAGAAUACAUUGUGUCAUCAGAAGCAUACAAUCGUAGUGUGACAUUGUGCAGAUUAAUAGUUUUGAUGUUUACAAUCAGUCUUUUAGUCAGACAAGUCUUUGUUCUGCAAUUUGAGAAUGCUGAAGACUAUGCAUUCAAUCUAGCAACAGUGAGUAUUGUGUAUUUUGUUUUCUAA